ACCCGGUUGCUGUGCACCGAUUGUUGUAGCUGGUCUGACGGUUCUCUGGUGGGGAAGUUUCUGGCUGUUGUACAGCAGGCAGCGGAGGCUCCGGUCGGCGAGGUGUGUCAGCCAUGACCUCGGUCAGUGUGAUGUCCCCCGCCGCGGCGGCAGCUAACGAUUACUAUGAGGAGGAAGAGCUGGAGAGUGCGGACGAGGAAGAUGACCGCAGCUUCAGGGGCCGGGAGUCUGAUGAGGACACUGAAGAUGCAAGUGAGACGGAUGUAGCAAAACACGACAGCGUGGACUACGUGGAAAUGAAAGAACAGAUGUAUCAGGAUAAACUGGCUUCUCUGAAGAGACAACUGCAACAGCUGCAGGAAGGAACACUGCAAGAGUAUCAGAAACGAAUGAAAAAAUUAGAUCAGCAAUACAAGGAGAGGUUGAGAAAUGCUGAACUUUUCUUACAACUAGAGACCGAGCAGGUGGAAAGAAACUACAUCAAGGAGAAGAAAGCGGCUGUGAAAGAGUUUGAAGAUAAAAAGAUUGAACUGAAGGAGAAUUUGAUAGCAGAAUUGGAAGAAAAGAAGAAAAUGAUUGAAAAUGAGAAAAUAACGAUGGAGCUGACAGGAGAUUCCAUGGAAGUCAAACCUAUAAUGACUCGAAAAUUGCGCCGUCGGCCAAACGAUCCUGUACCAAUUCCUGACAAAAGAAGGAAACCAGCACCUGCGCAGUUGAAUUAUCUUCUCACAGAUGAACAAAUCAUGGAGGAUUUACGGACCCUAAACAAGUUAAAAUCCCCCAAAAGACCUGUAUCGCCAUCGACUCCAGAACAUCUUCCAGCAACACAAGCUGAAUCUCCUGCCCAACGCUUUGAAGCUCGGAUAGAAGAUGGAAAGCUCUAUUACGAUAAAAGAUGGUACCACAAGAGCCAAGCAAUAUACCUGGAAUCCAAAGACAACACAAAAAUCAGUUGUGUAAUUAGUUCUGUGGGCACGAAUGAGAUUUGGGUCAGGAAAAGCAGUGACAGCACAAAAAUGAGGAUAUACCUAGGACAGCUACAGCGGGGAUUGUUUGUUAUCCGCAGGCGUUCAGCAGCGUGAAACCCAACAGACUCUUCAAGUGACGUUUCUCAUUUAACAAGUUAACAUACAAGUGAAUGAAUGUUGACAUCACUGACCAAUAUGGAUAGAAGUUCCCAUUGUGAUCAGUGAAUAAUUACAGAAAUGAAGUUUUCAAGGCCUUUCCGGACUCCAAGGUUGACCAGUUGAGUGUAAAACUUCAAGAAAGUAUUUUUCGUGACAGGUCUGUUCUUUGCCGUAAUUGAAGCAGAAGAUUCUCGGAUAAUUAUCCUGCCUAAAAUGCCUAAAUUGAAGUUAAGAGAGACUCUUCCCUUCACUGAGAAUUCCCUGACGAAAGGCUUGUCCAAAUUCUGUGUUGUAGAUGGAUUUUAUGUUGUAAUCUCUCUAAAAACAAAUCGGAGGGAUAAGAAAUGACCUGCAGAAUUUUAACGGUGCUAGGCCCUUACCUUUGAGUGGAAUUAGGUAAAAUGACAUAUUGACUCUCUCCUCUACCAGUCUGGUUUCAUAGCAGAGUCCAGAGAGGAAGGUUUUUUUUUUUUUUUUCUUUUUCCUUUCUCUUAUUACAUUUUUAAGUGGCCCUUAUUUUUAUACAAAAAAUAAAAACCAAGAGUGUUUCCUAGGUCAUGCUUUCAUAAGUAUACAGAGUUUCUAAAAGCCUUAAAAGGUGGAACUGAUUAUUUAGUGGUCUGCUGCAUUUGAUUAAUUCAAAAUCACUGACCAGCCGUGACAUUUACUUUGUUUUUAACAGUCAAAUCCAGUUAUAUCUAUUCACACCCUCGCGGAAAAGAUUAUUUGGUAAUACAAUUUUAAUGUACAAAAGCCCCUUAAAAUGUAUACUGUGUAAGGGUAAUUUAAUGGAAGUGGGUUUUAUACCAGUCUGAAAAUGAAUCUGUUGCUCAUGCACAGUUUUAAAUGCUUCAGGUGAUGCCUCCAUGUGGCAUUGUUUGCAAAAAAUGUGGCUGCUUUAAAGGAAUCUGUUACCUCCGCAAAGUCCAAUUAAAUACAGUAAUACGACUGCUGCUGACCUUGGAUCAGUGAUUGGUAUGUCAAUAUGCACCCUCAUCCCCUCUUGUGCACCCAUAAACUGGUCCUGGAAUACAUCGAGGCGACUCUUAAUGGAGAGGAUGCCAGGAGAAGUCCUCUCUAUGCAUUCCACAGCUGGUUUGUGGGAGAAUGGGGGCGAGUGUCAACAUACAACUUAGGCUACUUUUACACUGGUGUUUUGGUUUCCGUUUGUGAGAUCCGUUCAGGGCUCUCACAAGCGGUCCAAAACGGAUCAGUUUUGCCCUUAAUGCAUUCUGUAUGGAUAAGG